AUGCAUCAUUCAAAUAAUGAUAGCAUUGGAAACGUGACAAAUACAAUGCUACGUAAUAAUCAACUGUCACCGCUUGAUGCACUGUUACGCACCAAUAAAGUUAAUUUGAUCGCGCUUGAAACAUUCGGUCAAUUAAAUCAAUUUUGGGGUAAUGCUAUUCGAUUUUUUCAACCAUUAUCUGAACAAAUUGAAAAUGGAUUAUUGUCAUUGCUACGUGUAAUCUGUCCUCAAAUAUUUGGUGAUUUGAAUUCAUCAGAUAUUGCAAUAAAUAAAGUGACUCGACCACCAGAUAAAUCAAAUUUAUUAAUUGAUGAAUUAAUUGAAGCUUUCAUGAUGAGUUUAACCAAAAAAAAUUCUACCCUUUUGAAAUAA